AUGAAGCGUGGAUUAAGUGCGUUCAAUGCGUUAUUACAUUCUCAAAAAGAAAUUAUGUUGGGAACCACAAAACUAAUAAGUGAUUUUAAAGAUUUUAAGUUUAAAUCUUCACCAAAUUAUGCUAAAUUGCCCAUUAAUGAGAAUCCGGAAUAUAAUGUCCCUGUUGCUGUUAAUAAUGCAAUAUUCUCCAAGGUCCCAACAGAGCCACUGACAGGCAAGCUUCAUCUUGUUUGUGUAUCAGAAGAAGCAUUAAAUGAUAUUUUGGAUUUAGACUCCAAAGUUGCAGACAGUGAAGAAUUUGUGAACUUUUCUGCAGGAAAAUAUUUGCCUGAAGGUAGCCUUACUGUAUGUCAUAGAUAUGGUGGUUACCAGUUUGGGUACUGGGCUGAUCAACUUGGUGAUGGCAGAGCACAUAUUCUUGGAGAAUAUGUUAAUAGUAAGGGUGAAUCCUGGCAAGUUCAAUUAAAGGGUUGUGGUGAGACACCUUACUCUCGUUUUGGUGACGGCAGAGCUGUAUUAAGGUCUUCUAUCAGAGAAAUGGUGGCCAGUGAGGCUUGCUUCCACCUUGGCAUACCAACCACUAGAGCAGCAGCUUUGGUAGUGAGUGAUGAUCAUAAAGUAUGGCGUGACAAGACAUAUAGUGGGCGUGCGCUCCAAGAAAGGGCGGCAGUGGUGAUUCGGCUUGCGCCUGCGUGGUAUAGGAUUGGAUCCUUUGAGAUUCUGCUGAAACGACGCGAGCCGGAUCUCGCACGGACGCUAGCAGAUUUUAUUAUUGAGCAUCACUUUCCUGAAAUAAGCAUAGAUGAUACAGAUAGAUAUGUCAAAUUGUACUCUGAAGUCGCACAUAGGAAUUUGGACAUGGUGUCCACAUGGCAAGGUAUAGGUUUUACUCAUGGAGUUCUAAACACUGAUAAUAUAAGUCUGCUUGGAGUGACCAUAGAUUAUGGACCGUAUGGCUUCAUGGAGCAUUAUUAUGAUCAUUACGUACCAAACUCCUCUGACGAUAUGGGUAGAUACGCUUACAAGAUGCAACCUGAAAUUUUAUUAUGGAAUUUGGACAAAUUUGUUGAAGCGCUUAUACCAAUAUUGUCUGUCGAGCAAAUAAACAAGGUCAGAGAUAUAGAGAAAACAUUGGAAGGAUAUGUCGAAGACAGACUAAGAAAUGUGUUUAAUAAAAAGCUAGGCUUGGAAACUUAUAAAGAGGGUGACGAAAAAAUUUUAAAGGAAUUAUUAAGUUUAAUGGAGGAUGCAACAGCUGAUUUUACGGCUACAUUUAGGCAACUGGCUGAAGUGAAAUUAGAUGAAUUGUUUGAAGAAGAUGUACUCGAAAAGCAUUGGUCCCUUAACAAACUAAAGAAUGGAAAAACGUGGGAGUCUUGGGUGAAGACGUAUUGUGAACGAAUUAAAGAUGAAAAUGUGACCGAUGAAGAGCGACGCGCACGUAUGGUUCGAGUGAACCCACUGUAUGUGCCCAGGAACUGGAUCCUCCAGGAAGCCAUCGCUGAUGCCGAGAAAAACGACUUCAAAAAGGUCCAACAUCUAAUAGAAGUAUUCAAAAAGCCGUUUGAAGUUAAUGAGGAAGCAGAGAAACUCGGUUACUCCGCACAGCCUCCGAGUUGGUCUUAUGGAUUAAAAUUAAGUUGUUCUAGCUAA